AUGGGCAAGGCUGAGAUUAUGCGCGACUCCCCCGACGACGUCGUUAUUGUCGCGGCGAAGCGCACCCCGAUGACCAAGGCGAAGAAGGGCGGCCUGGCCAAGGCGCGCUACGAGGACAUGCUGUCGCAAGUCCUCUCCGCGACCAUGAAGGCGGGCAAGGUGGACCCGAACCUGAUCGAGGACGUGUGCGUCGGGACGGUGCGUACGCCGCGCGGCGGCGCGUCGAUUAGCCGCAUGGCGGCCCUCGCCGCAGGUAUUCCCUACACCUCGUCCGUCUCGACGUGCAACCGGCAGUGCUCGUCGUCUCUGCAGGCGAUCUGGACGAUCUCGAAUGAGAUCAGGCAGGGCGACAUUGACGUCGGCAUCGCGGCCGGCUGCGAGAGCAUGACGCACCACUACGUGCCCAAGCCUCUGGACCACCCGCACUCCGCGGUCGUCGCCUCGCACCAGCUGGCCUCGGACUGCCUCAUCCCGAUGGGCCUCACGAACGAGAAUGUGGCAGAGGAGAACGGGCUGAGCCGCAAGGAGCUCGACGAGUUCGCGGCCAGCUCGUACCAGAAGGCAGAGCGGGCGCAGAAGGCGGGCAAGUUUGAGCACGAGAUCAUCCCCGUGUCCAUCGAGGGCGUGACGGUCUCCACAGACGACGGCAUCCGCUACGGCACCACUGCCGAGAGCCUUUCGGGUCUCAAGCCCAGUUUCAAGGAGAACGGGACGACGCACGCCGGCAACGCGUCGCAGAUCACCGACGGCGCUGCAGCCGUCAUUCUCGCCCGCCGCAGUGCCGCCGAGAAGCUCGGCCUCCCCAUCAUCGGCAAGGUCGUGAAAGUGCUCUCUGCCGGCGUGCCUCCGCGCAUCAUGGGCGUCGGCCCCGCCGUCGCCGUGCCCAAGCUCCUGCAGAAGACGGGCCUCACGCCAGACGACAUCGACGUGUUUGAGAUCAACGAGGCCUUCGCCGGCCAGGCGCUCCACUGCGCCAGGGAGAUUGGACUCGACAUGCACCGCCUCAACCCCAACGGAGGCGCUAUUGCCCUUGGACACCCGCUCGGCGCCACCGGCGCCCGCCAGGUCGCCACUGGUGCCGCGGAGCUGCAGAAGCGCGGAGGCGGCCUCCUCGUCACGUCCAUGUGUGCCGGGACUGGAUUCGGCGUCGCGGGCCUGUUUGAGAUCAAGGGUGGGAACUCGAAGCUCUGA